GAACGCCCUACCCGAACAAGUGAAGACUGAACAAGACAGCGGGUAACUUUGAGUGGGUGGGGUUUUUGUCGUGCUGCCGAUUUACUCGGGAGUCUAAUCGUGAAGAGUGCUCACAUUUCUACGGAUUAUAUCAACUAAACAACCAUUGUUGACUAAAAAAAAUUUGAACCACCAUUUCUAGAAGUGAACGUAAUAUCUGGUUGGCUAAAUCUAUAAGUAUAUUCGAAUUCAAACUAGUGAUAAAUAGAUCUCAAAUAACCGAAUUUUUUCAAGUUCUUCAACUCAGUGCUUCAAUCACUGCACCCCUACCAUCUCUCAGUAGGUGCAUCUUACCCAAUCCUUGAAGGGAUCACCUGUCAUGUCGAACAAACGCAAAUCCAACACAAAAGAUGAAUCAUCUGAUUCUUCCCUCUCAGAUCUCGAGGAGCCUGUUGUAUCUAAAAAACCUAACAAGUCAAGUGGCUCCACAAAGUCAUCACACGUGACUACUUCAAGUGGAGACCAGCUAAUAGACUUAACUGGGAAAAAGUUCGCGUGCGUAAGAGAGUUCAGAGGAAAAGCGUUUGUCGAUAUAAGGGAGUACUAUGAAGACAAAUCCAGUGGAGAAUUAAAACCUGGAAAGAAAGGAAUUUCCCUUAAUUUGGAACAAUGGGAAUAUUUGAAAAGUUCGAUUGGUGAAUUAGAUGAUGACAUAAGAAAUCUGCGACGAUAACUUUUCAAAAAACCACAGCUUCAAAAUGUUUAUAUAGCUGUAUUUUUGAUACAUUUCCGAUCAGCUUAAUAGUAAUCACUAUUGCUUUGUGAAAAAUUGCCAGGAAAAUCAUUUUAUUAAAUUUAAAGAUUGCAUUUUGUUAGUUUUUUAUUAAAAAAAAUACAAUUUAUGGAGUCCUGUUUUUUCAA